AUGUCGUUACCCAUUUGGCGCGGCGCUGGGUGGGGGGAGGCCGCCGGGGGUUAUCGGCGCGAAACAAACAUUGUAAGCGCGGGGCUCCGCCGAGGACUUUGGUCCGAGCUGUGGCACGGGCGCGUGCUGCGGCGGGGCAGAAAGUUCUGGGCGUGGGCUGAGAGCUGUGGGGCGGGGGCUGAGCGCUCCACGAGCGCCUCUCCGCCGCUGGUGGAGUCGGGCGGCCCGCGAGGGGCGGCGGGCGGUUCGCUCACGGCGGUGGGCGCUGACUCCCGUUUGUGUCCAGGACUCGAUGGCGAGCGCUGUGUGAGCGGGCUGAGCGCGCCGCGGGACGGAGCAGCCGGUGGGCGUCGCGGUGGCCACGGGCUGUCGCCUGCUAUGGAAAGCGAUGGAGGAGAGCGGGAAUCCCAGCCCGAGAGCCACGUGGAGAGCAGGAGUGGCGUGAAGCCCGUGCCCGGGGGAGCGGCCCACGUCAAGCUAGAGAUAAAGAAACACGCCGUCACGGAUGACUACAAGCUGUCCAAGCGGGUGCUGGGGUUAGGAAUCAACGGCAAAGUACUGGAGUGCUUCCACAAGGAGACGGGGCAGAAGUGUGCUCUGAAGGAAGUUAUUUGUGUUGGAAAUCAGGCCAUCGCUGGGCUGGAGCAGGAAGGAAGAGGCGGAUAGCGAGUGAUCUCAAACGAGUGUGCUCUGGGUGCAGGGUGACAGCUGUGGAAGAAGUGGGUUGGCUGCAAGGACAUUGCACUCAGUGGGAAAGCUCGUUCAGCUGUUUGCACCACAAGGAAGCUGGCAGUAUGCUGGGGCCGUGGAACCUAUGGGGCAGAGCUGAGCAGCCCCCAGGGCCAUCCAUGGUAGAGAGAGCCUGCUCAGGUAGAUCAUCCCCCUCCUCCGUCACAGAAGCACAGCAAUGUGUGCCCACAGCACUCAUCACCCUCUCCCUGCUCCCAGCCUGGAGGAGAAGAGAAUCCCUUUGCGUUCUGCCCAGGGGUCCACCAGCGAUUUGUGUGGUGACACAGCUGUCCGUGCUGUGUUGCUGUGUCUGUUUUGCUGCAGGGAUUUUGGAGCAGCAGAGGGGAAUAAGCUCUUUAUCCAAGUGAUGCAAAUUGCCUGCUCUGGAGUCAGUACAGAAACCAGAAUUUGUGAUUUCCUUCCUGUGACCUUUAAAUCAUGCUUCUAUAUUCCAAGAGGUGUCUGAGACACCAUUUGAGCCUUGGGAAGCUCAGCAAUUGGAUGGAGAAGUGAUCUCAUUUUCCCGAGCUGAUUCUUAGGUCCCCAAUGGCAGGUUACAUAUUUUCAGCAGUUAUCAGGCAAUUGUGUUUUGAUUGGGACCUGAUAGCAAACACAAGAAGAUCCAGGCUAAUACCAGAUAGUGCAGCAGUUUUUGUUUCUGUGUUUGAAAAGAGGCCCUGCAUAUUUGUUUAAUCCUUUUCUAAGGUGACUAGAUCAGAGGUAUUUUUCUACUCUUUCAAUGCACUGGAUGAUGCUUUAUAUAGCACCCGUUGUGUUGCUGCUCCAUCAUUACAACGAUUAUUUCUACAGGGUAUGAAGUACCAAAUUGAAAUUGCAGCCGUAUGGUGUAGGAAAGGGACUUGUUUCUCAUGUGCAAGGUUCCAGGAUGGGAAAGAUGAGCUCUUAGAGCUCCCUUCCAGAGAUUAACACCUUUAAAAUAAACCAGCCUUGCAUGUUACAGGAGGAGAAGUUCAGGCAUUCAGAUAUUCGAAAGGCUGUUCUGACCAUGAUGCUGUGAGAUAUCUGCGUCGAGUUUAAGAAACCUGUUCAGAGUCAGUAUGAAAAAUCUUACUGCUUUCAAUCUCUGAACUGUGAGGGUUUGUACUGCACCUGGAAGAUUUUUCUCCCAGCAUCUGGGGGGCAAGUUGGAGGGUCAUUGUCCUUAGCGGGGAAACAGAAUGAGAGGAUCCAGACUAACGGAUGCUUUUAUUUGGAAGAAAAUCUUAUGCAGCCUCUUGGUUCUGUUAUCUGCUAAGGCUUUAACCCUUAGGUGUAUGCAUGAGCAUACUUAAUUUUCCUUCUGUUGAAAGCAGAUGUCCUGAGAGCCAUCCCUAAGACAAAAGCUGGGAGGUGGCGGAGGGCAAAACUGGGCAGAAGAAAAGUGGUCAUCAAAUCAGUUUUGCUCCAGAAAGGAGUUAAUCCUAAACUGAAGACAGAAUUACUUUCUCUAGCUUGGGGCAUUUUUUUCUUGGUCUGAAUGGUUGCGUCCUGAAACUACACCUUCUUCUAACACUUUUUUUCCUCCAAGAGGAAGGUGAGAUUUUUGUGGAAUAAGUAGCUGUAUU